CGAGGGUGUUAAUCGUUGGAUGAAUAUGUGCGAUCGGAAGUAAGAGAGGAGAACUCGAUCCGGACGACGAGGAGUGGAAACCGAAGGUGAACGCGAUAGGGAAAACGAAAGAUUUUUAGUCGAAGAAGGUUUCGUCGGUGGGAAGGGCCACAUACCUGUGGACGUACAAACAGUGAAAAGGAGCGCGAAUGGCCGAAAACACGAGCAGGGUGUACCCGGUUGUUACGGCGGUCCAUCUUGCGGGUGAGAUCGAUCCUGAAACAGCGGCACCGGUUAGUUGGUAAUGGGGGGUUUUGGCGAGAAUGCCUUUUCCCUGUCGUCGUGCUCGUCAUCGCCGUUGUCGUCACCGCUACACGAAAUUCUCACCCUCUCAACAGGUUCCUCUCGUCGUCGUCGUCGACGUCGUAGCCGUUUGCCACCGUGCAGCAGCUCAGAGACAAGGACUCGUUGCACGGACGCCCAGCACGUUGACUUCGUUCGAAAUAGUAUCGCGUUGGCAACGGUCGGGCUUUUCUUUCACACGAACGAUAGUAGGAUUAGAGAGGAGACCGAUCGAGCCGGUGGUUGUUGUCGAUCGAGAAAAACGGAAGAUAGGCUCGUCGAGGCGGGAGAUCGGGAAGGAAGAAGGAGUAGCUAUAGUAGAAGUAGUAGAGGAAGGAGGAGGUGGUGGGGGAGGAGGAGGUGACUCGCCGCCGAGAUGCACCAGGUGCCGUACAGAGCGGGACUCACCUCAAUCGCAGGUCGAAACGAGAGGCUCUGGGAGAAGGCAGCUAACUGUCGAGCGACACCGCUCGAUCCUCCUUCGAUCGAAUCGAGUCGAUCGUCUAGAGAUCAACGAUCUCACCUGGCCUCCUCCUCUCGCAUCGUCUCUACGUGCAGAGGAACAUCCUUGGCACCAUCGAACGUGCUCCUGAUAGGAUUAGUGCUCUGUUGUUUGACGCUAUCGCCGGUCCAACCGCGACAGAAUCAUCAUCAGACCUGCCCCGGUUGCCCGCAUCAGCAGCAACAGCAUCAGCACAUUCACGAGACGCAUCGGGGCGGUGGUUCGAAGGACACCGUCGCGCCCAGCCCGGACGAUCUCAGGCUGGAGGCCAUCAAGCAUCAAAUACUCACAAAACUCGGUCUCAGGACGCGUCCAGACGUUAAUAGAACUCUGGCCACGGUACCCAGGCACCUGGCGCUCGAGACAUUGUACAGAGCCGAGGCCCAAUCGUCUCGUUAUCCGGAGAGAUCGAGAAACGACCACGAGACAGAAUACUCGGCGGAGUUCCUCUACGGGGGCGACGAGUACUCGUACAGAAACCUUGACCAACAAACAGAAACGGCCAUGGAGGAUAACGAGAGGAUGGACUACGGGAACCACGAGGGCCAGGAAGUCCACGAGGAGAUGGACGACUUCUACGCGAGGACAUCGGAGAUCAUCACCUUCGCUGAGCCCGGACGAACGUUGAACGGGCAACCGUUGCUGGAGUUUCCAAUGUCCAGCGGGGAACCGGCGCUGGAACCUCUGAGGAUCAAGAGGGCGACCCUAUGGGCGCGUGUCGAGUUCAAGCACGCUCAUCAUUAUCAACGCCAUCGUCAGGGUCAAACGAACCAAAGAAACAUUACCCUCUGGGUAUUCAGGGUGCGAUGCGGCAACACGACGCAUCUGCGUGGAAAGGAGCUCGGUCAACAUCUGGAGAUGGUAACCUCCCUAGGUGUGAACAUCGGACAACUGGGCUGGCUGAAAUUCGACGUGACCAGAGUCGUGAGCAGUUGGUACACGGCGAAUAGGGACUUUGCCAGGGACAAGUUGACGUUGUUGGUUGACUGUACAGGAUGCGGUUCGCGAGUCUUCGUGUCGACUUUCGACGAGCACUCCCCUCAUGUGAUCGAGUCGUCCUUGAACGCAAAAGGUGCUCAAGAUCCUGACAGACCUUUUCUAGUCGUUCGAACGGAUCCAGCGUCCGUAAAACGGGUUAGGAGACGGGCGGUCGAAUGCAGCGGAGCGAUAAAGGGCCAGUGUUGCAAGCAGAGGUUCUACGUGAACUUCUCUCAACUAGGUUGGGACGACUGGAUAAUCGCUCCUCAGGGGUACUACGCCAACUACUGCAGGGGGGACUGUGCGGCCGGUCACAGGACACCGGACACGUUCCUCAAUUACUACACCCACGUGAUCGAGGAGUACCGGAAGAUGGACCGACUGGCCGGUAUGCAGCCGUGCUGCGCUCCCCUCAAGUUCUCGCCGAUGUCGUUGAUUUAUUACGGUCCUGAUUCCAACAUAAUCAAAAGGGAUCUGCCGAAGAUGGUGGUCGACGAGUGCGGCUGUCCCUAAUGCGUCGGCGCGUCGCUUCUUCUGUCCGAAUGAAAUUCGGUUCGAGUCGAGCGAAGCGACCGACCGAGAGAACACGGGGCAUCGUCGCGUUGGCGUCGGCGUCGCCGUCGCCGUCGCGGCAAUUCGGAGUCCGUUUGACCGAUCUACGUCGAGAGAGCGACUUCCACGCGAGUUCCGCCGUUGAAACAGCCGAGGUGUUCCAUGAAAAGAUAUUAGAAGCAAUUUAGAGAGAGAGAUCGGCUCCCCGUGCGGCCGGGGGACGUUCUCCUCGAUUAGCGAAUGCCUAGCGUGACGUUUCGGACACGUUUCAAAUGAAGCCUCGACGUGGUCCGACUUAGAUUCGUUUGUAGCAUUCACGGACGCGCUCGACGGAGAGAACCGAUUGGGAACACGGUCGAACAGAUAUAUAACCAAGAGGGUCCUCGAGACCGGGUGUCCGACACACGAUUUUCGAUGAAAAGGACCUGGUCUCUCGAUCGAGUCGCGGUCCGUUCGCGCGACGUUAACUCGUAAGUUCGUACAGAACCGCGUUAGAAGUAAUCGUUAUAUAAUGGCCGUCCCAUGUUUCGUGCGGUCGACUUGGACUGACCGACGCGAACCACCGAUCGUCGGUUUUAGGUGACACUAGAUGGGCCGGCGACGGAUCGCCCGCGAUCAGGACAGGCGACGAUUCAUAAACGUCGGAGGAACAUUUUUUUGGGGCGAACGAAAAAGGCACGCACGCAUAACGGACCGCCAGGGAGUUUUUUCUAGCGUGGUUUCUUGGCUAGGACGAUUAACGAUUCGAUUGCAAUUUGAUCGGGACUAAGGGACACGGAGAAAAAGAAACGGAAACUGGAACGGAAGUGCGCAAGAGAGGAGAAGGAUUGCGAGGGGAGGGAGAGAAUGGUGAGAACAGAACGGAAGAACAGUGAGAAAGGUCGAAGGGGAAUAAACCUCGGUUAGUAUCGAAGCAGGCAUCUUUUACGAGGUAUAAUAUACUAUAAAUAUACACGAUAACUAUACAAUUCGUUUCUACGCGAUUAUUAAAAAGAGUAAUAAACGAGGGGCGGGGAGGGGAGGGGAGUGGGAAGAGUGCGAAGAUCAAAGCGAGAUUCUCAGAUUCUCACAGAGAGCUUAGUCUUUUCUUAUUAGCUGCGCGACGAGGUGAGAGGCAAGAUAAUAACGUAAACGAUGAAAGUAAUAACUAAUGAAAGUAUAAAGUGGAUGAUUUCACAUUUAUUAUGUAUACGUACAUUAUACAUACGUGUUUGUAUGUAUGUAUGUAUGUAUGUA